AUCUUGAGCAAUGUCAACUGUACCUGCAUCUACUACCCAUCAAAACAAACAAUCUACCAGUCCUCCAUAUGCAUGGGAUCGAGGUCAUAUUCUGAACAACAUUCUAGAGCAUAUUGGUGGAACUCCAGUUGUUCGAAUCAAUCGUAUUGGUGUAGAGGAAGGAUUGGAGUGCGAGUUGGUGGCCAAGUGCGAGUUUUUUAAUGCCGGUGGAUCCGUAAAGGACAGAAUUGGCUGCCGCAUGGUCGAGUAUGGAGAGAUUGAUGGAAAGCUUACUCCUGGAGCGACCAUUAUCGAGCCUACUUCUGGAAACACUGGUAUUGGUUUGGCAUUGGCUGCUGCUGUCAAAGGCUAUCGUGCAGUUAUUACCUUGCCAGAAAAAAUGAGUCAAGAAAAGGUAGAUGUUCUCAAAGCUUUGGGGGCAGAAAUCAUUCGUACACCUACAGAGGCUGCUUGGGAUUCUCCUGACUCUCAUAUUGGUGUUGCUAAGCGUUUGAACCAUGAGAUUCCCAACUCUUGGAUUCCUGAUCAGUACUCCAACAUGAAUAACCCUCUGGCCCAUUACUACGGAACUGCGGAGGAAAUCUAUCAACAAUGUGGAGGAAAGCUUGACAUGCUUGUUGCUACUGUUGGUACUGGCGGUACUAUUGCUGGUAUUGGAAAGCGUCUCAAGGAGCUUAUUCCCAAUGUUCAGAUUGUUGGUGUAGAUCCAUAUGGCUCUAUUUUGGCUCUUCCCGAAUCUCUGAACCAUGAAGGUGUGCAUAGCUAUCAGGUUGAGGGUAUUGGCUACGAUUUUGUUCCUCAAGUUCUUGAUCGCCAAUAUGUUGAUUCAUGGAUCAAGACCAAUGACAAGGAGUCCUUUUUAAUGGCACGUCGUCUGAUCAAAUCCGAAGGUCUUCUUUGCGGUGGCUCGUGUGGAGCUGCCAUGGCUGGUGCUAUUCAAGCUGCCAAGUCACUGAAAAAGGGUCAACGUUGCUUGGUUCUCUUUGCCGACUCUGUUCGUAACUACAUGACGAAAUUCCUUAAUGAUGACUGGAUGAAAAAAAUGGGUUACAUUGAUGAAAAAACCCAAAAGGAGGAGGAUAUAAAAAAGAGUCAAUGGUGUGGUGCUACCAUCAAGGAUCUGAACCUCUCAUCUGCCAUCACUGUUCCUCAAAAAACACCCGUUUUGAAAGCCAUUAAGUUGCUGCAGGAUAACGGAUUUGAUCAGUUACCUGUUACCAGUGCUUCGGAUUCUCUCCAUUUGGUUGGACUGGUCACACUUGGUGGACUGCUGGCCAAAAUUGCCAGUGGCCGAACAAAGGUGACGGAUCCAGUUGAAAGCAGUAUGUAUGAGUUCCGUACUGCAAAAAAGUUUACCGAGGUCACUAUAGAUACACGUUUGGAGAGUCUGUCCAAGUUUUUCGAGUCCAACUCGUCGGCUGUUGUUACUUUCCGUGACUCGGAUGGUGAGCUUCACGUUUCGUCUGUGGUGACCAAGGUUGAUCUUCUUGCUUUUCUUGUCAAAAAGUCGAGCGUCAUUUAAGCUCGAUGACUACACACACGAAUCGCCUUUUUUACCAUGCUAAUAAAUGUCGAGUUGUUUGUACCAUC